AUGGUGUAUUUUGUUCAAGGUGUUUUAGGACUCGCGAGGCUCGCUGUUAGUUUCUAUUUAAAAGACGACUUGCAUAUUGAUCCUGCAGAGACAGCUGUGAUAAUGGGUCUUUCUUCACUGCCAUGGCUUGUUAAGCCUCUCUACGGUUUUAUUAGUGAUUCUGUGCUUUUAUUUGGCUACCGAAGGAGAUCAUAUCUAGUUCUCUCGGGACUUCUUGGUGCAUUUUCCUGGAGCUUGAUGGCUGGUUUUGUCGACAGUAAAUACAGUGCUGCUUCUUGUAUACUUCUCGGUUCCCUUUCAGUCACCUUUUCUGAUGUUGUAGUAGAGUCAAUGGUCGUAGAAUGA